UCUAGUUGUAACCGAAAGGAAAAUUGAGUCACUCUGGACUAGUGGGUUUCAUAAACACUCAGUGUAGGCUGCUAGACCCGAAGUAGAAACUCCCGAUUCCGCGGCUCAGGAACUGAGGAACAGUAGAACUACUCAAAGGAAUUGCCUGAAUUGCUUCUUUGGCACUGGAAUUCAUGACCUCAUAUUAUUAUGAACACUGAAGGUAGGAUUUGGGGGCUCGUCCCGGGAUCCCAAGCUCCAGUCACUCAGCAUUUUUGGGAAAACUGAGAAGGUGCACCUCGCUGAUUUCGGCGGUCUCUAGUUUCCCUCCUCGCUGCGGCGGCUUGGGCAAGCGUGUUCCGGACUGGGAGACCCUGGAAACAAGACGGGCAGUCGUGGUGGGCUCGGUUGGGUAACUCUUAUGUGCACAAGACCCGGGAUUUUGAGCAUUGAAGGAAAAAGCACCAUUCACACCGGGGAGAAACACAUAUCGUCUGUGUGUGGAAAAGUCUGUGAAGAUUCAUCUGAAAUGUCCAAACGCCAGCACAGUCACACUGGGGAGAGACCAUGGAAGUGUGAGGAUUGUGGGAAGGGAUUUCUUUACCCAUCCCGUCUGGAAACUCACCAACUCAGUCACACUGGAGAAAAGCCAUUCACCUGCUCGGAUUGUGGGAUGGGAUUCACUCAGUCAUGCCACCUGCUGACGCACCAGCGAGUUCAUACCGGGGAGAGACCAUUCACCUGCUCUCAGUGUGGGAAAGGAUUCAGUCAGUCCUCCGGCCUGCAGAUACACCAGCGAGUCCACACUGGGGAGCGACCAUUCACUUGCUUCGAUUGUGGGCAGGGGUUCACUCAGUUAUCCAGCCUGCAGUUACACCAGCGAGUUCACACUGGGGAGAAACCAUUCACCUGUUCUGAAUGUGGGAAAGGAUUUGCUCGGUCAUCCCACCUGCUGAUACACCAGCGGGUUCACACUGGAGAGAGACCGUUCACCUGUCCUGAAUGUGGGAAAGGAUUUGUGCAGUCAUCCAAACUACAGCUACACCAGCGAGUUCACACUGGGGAGAAACCGUUCACCUGUCCUGAAUGUGGAAAGGGGUUCGUUUGCUCCUCUAAACUGCUGGAACACCAGGGGGUUCACACUGGGGAGAAACCAUUCACUUGCUCAGUGUGUGGGAAAGGAUUCACUCAGUCAUCCAAGCUGCAGAGUCACCAGCGAGUUCACACUGGGGAGAAACCAUUCACUUGCUCCACUUGUGGGAAGAGGUUUAGCCAAUCAUGCAACCUGCAGAGACACCAGCGCCUUCACACUGGUGAGAAACAUUGACAGAGUCAACUCACCAGCUGGUGCACCAGUGAGUUCACUGAGGGGAGAGUCCUUUCACUUGUUCCAUAUGUGGACGGGAUUCGCUGUCAUCCAUACUGGGUGGGCAUUGGUCACAUGCUCUGUUUGUGUAAAUGGAUUUAUUAUUUGUAAAUGCACCGGUAAAUUCACAAAGAAUCACAGGUGAAGGGUUUUGCUUUUUCUUACACAGAGGAAUGUAGCUUGUUCAUUGGGCUGUUUGUAUUGAUAUAAAUAAACCCAGCUCUGUUAAA